UAGGGGUGAAAUGGUGCUACGCGCGGUAUUUUGAACAAUCGUCUACGUUUCUGUGGGUUUUACCGAGAUGUUGCUCCGCCUGUUUGGAACGGCGAAGGAGUAUGUGCGUUAACACGUUUCGUGUCACCAAAAGUGUUGCACCCAGGGGGAAAACAAGCCACCGACUGUUUUGAGCUGAGUGUAAACCUGGAGACAUGGACGUGGUGUCGCCAGAGCUGAACAUCCUCCUCCCUGACGAGAUAAUGGACACUGAGGCCAUCGUCAUGGAUGACGACCCACCCGCCGAGUCCCCUGCGGCAUCUGGCCAAUCACAGCCCAGCGACGAUGCACCAAUCCCCAUGGAAACAGAUGUUCUCGCCGUCCCAGAGAUCGUUAGCCUGUGUUCGGAUGCCCCUCCGACCCAGCGGACUCAGGCCCUGACCACCUCCAUCACCACAGACUCCACCCUCUGUAGCACCACCUCCGCCACUCAGCUCCUCCUCACCCCAUCCAUAGCUUCAUCCUCCCCUCUUACCCUCCGACCCGCCACCGCCUCCACCCUCACCUCCACCACCCCCAAAACCACUACCAGCCUGGGUGGGGUCAGUCUCACCUCGGGGGGCUUACAGAAGCUCUCAGCCAACCACCAGAUCAUCCUCAAUAAGGUGGUCUCAUCCUCGGGAGCAGAAACCACCAGGUCCCCAGGCACCACCACUAUCUCUCCAGGGGGCCAGAAGUUCAUGGUGACGGCCAUAGGCAAGUCAGGCCAGUCUAUUGUGCUGCAGCUGCCCCACACGGGCUCCAAGCCUGGCUCAGGGCAGGGGGAGGCCAAGGCCAACCCGCAGCAUUUCAAGGUGCUGACGAUAGGGGGGAGGACAGACCUGAAGCCGGUCAUGGUGGGGCAGGCGGUCAGCUCAGCCAGUCAGAUGUCCACCCUGCAGGCCCAGCAGCUGAAGACUGUUCAGAUUGCAAAGAAAACGCAGGUGUCGUCAGCUGGACCAAUCAAGUUCAUCAUCACUAAAGCUGUCAACAACAAAGGUCUGACCGCCCAGACAUCAGUAUCCAAUGUCAUUACAGGUCGAGUCCUGUCCACGAGCAGCCCAGUGACCCCCCCGCGGACCAUCACUCUUUCUGAGACCCUCAGCUCCAGCAGCAAGAUUGCCAUCUCCCCCCUCAAGUCACCUAGCAAAUUGACGAUGGUGUCGGUGGCCUCCCAGGUACCCAACUCCCCUCAGAAGUCAGUGUCUCUGCCGCUCAACAUGGCCCACCUGGGACAGCAGAUACUAGUACAACAGUCUACAGCCACCUCUCCAGCCAAGCCCAUGAAGCCGGUGCAGACUGUGACGGUGGGCGGCCCCCAGUUUAAGACCAUCUUCCCCCUGUCCACCUCGUCCAACGUGCAGCAGAUCCAGGUGCCCGGCAGCCGCUUCCACUACGUCAGGCUGGUCACUGCCACCACGGGCAGCAGCACGGGACAGGCCGGCAGCCACUGCACCAACUCAUCCAUGACCGCCAAGCCCAUGGUGGUCAACACAGCCCAAGUCAGGAUGUCUGUCCCCAUCAUCCCAGCACAGACCAUGAAGCAGGUGGUGCCCAAGCCCCUGACGUCGUCGGGCCAGGUGCUGACAACUCAGACCCAGCAGAGGUUGAUCAUGCCCGCCACGCCGCUGCCCCAGAUCCAGCCCAACCUCACCAACCUACCCCCGGGCACCAUGCUGGCGCCUGGGUCUGGGAACAUGGGCUAUACUGUGCUGCCCGCACAUUAUGUCACGCAGCUCCAACAGUCUGCGUAUGUGACUUUGGCCAGCAGCUCUGGGUUCCCCACCCCUACAGGCAUCCAGACUCAGGCCAGACUGCCUCUCAAUGGCUUAUCAACAUCAGACGCUGCCUCCAGACCACGGAAGCCCUGCAACUGCAACAAGUCUCAGUGUCUCAAACUGUACUGUGACUGCUUUGCCAACGGGGAGUUCUGUCAGAGCUGUAACUGUACCAACUGCUUCAACAACCUGGAACACGAGACCGAGCGAGCUAAAGCCAUCAAGGCGUGUCUGGACCGUAACCCGGAGGCAUUCAAGCCGAAGAUCGGUAAAGGUAAAGAGGGCGAGUCGGACCGCAGACACAGCAAAGGCUGCAACUGUAAACGCUCGGGAUGUCUGAAGAACUACUGCGAGUGUUACGAGGCCAAGAUCAUGUGCUCGUCUACCUGUAAGUGUGUUGGCUGUAAGAACUUUGAGGAGAGCCCUGAGAGGAAGACUCUGAUGCACCUGGCCGACGCAGCUGAGGUGAGAGUUCAACAGCAGACUGCAGCCAAGACCAAGCUGUCGUCGCAGAUCUCGGACCUGUUCACAAGGACCACCCCGACCAUCACCAGCGGAGGGGGGAGGAUGCCCUUUACAUUUGUGACGAAGGAGGUGGCAGAGGCCACGUGUGAGUGUCUGCUGGAGCAGGCUGAGCAGGCAGAGCUGAUCCAGCAGCCCCAGGCCACCGCAGAGAGGAUGAUCCUGGAGGAGUUUGGACGCUGCCUCAUGAGGAUCAUCAGCUCAGCGGGCAAGACGGACUGUCCCUCCAUCAACUGCUAGGCCAGGUCCAUGGGUUCGCUGUCUGUAUGUCUCUCACCCAGCCCAGUGAAAACUAGUGCUGGGAGACUAGAAGGGAAUAGUGGCCUCCUCUCUCCCCCAGCUUGAGAGCUAAACAUUAGGACUGGUGAGUGGUAGUGGUCCUUGGUUUCUCUGCCUCCCGGGCUGGCUAGCUAGCCGCCCAGUCUCAGAGAUGAGCAGUGUGUCUGGGAGAUGAGGGGAGUCUGCCCUGGGCACCGUCUCUCUCGCCCACCCUCUGGGAAAAGCAUCGGGAGAGGAGUGGACUGUCUGCUCCACUUACUGCUAGCCAUGCCCAUGUGCUUUCUCUCCCAUCCCCAUAGUGCUAGCAUUGGAUAGGGUGGAGAGUGGUGCACAGCCCCAUCAAUUGUUAGCUAGCUAGACCCAGCCAGCACCAGGAGGCAUGGACAGUCCUGAGCACUGCUCACCGUUUACCCACCCUCAUAGAUCUGGUGUUGGGAGGACAUGCAUUUCUCUGGAGCUGGUGCUUCUCCUUCACAGUUAGUGGGAAUAGCCUUUGCAUAGCCUUGGCUGAAGGAAGGGGCUGUCCCCAUGCCCCCAGCCUCCCUGAAAAAAUAAGGAUUGUGGGAGAGACUCGCCAGAGAAAGAGGUGCAAGGGGAAACAGACAAAUGUUUGUUUGUUUGUUUGUUUGUUUUGGGAAGGGGGGGGGGUGUUUUAGAUCAUAGGAUUUUUUUUUAAUAUAUAUUUUUUUUAAUCAUUUAUUUUCUCCGUCUUAUUAUGGCUCUGUUUGCAUAUGUCCCUCUCUUUCACCCUCUCGCUCUGUUUUAAUAAUUUCUGAGGGUUCUGGAUGCAGACGAGGAAAGAAGGGUCACAUUCUGACUGCCUUCUACAGGUAGUAGCCCAGGUUCUAAUCAUGACGGCCAUCUCUCUUCAGUAACUAGCGUAUUACUGUAACCCAACAAGAUAUGCUCACGUUACCCACUAUUUAUUUUCUUCAACCUCUGUUUCAGCUUGUGCUCAGAGCUUUGCAAAGUAUCUAGGAACAACUAACAUAUUCCCACUUUGACUUUUAUCACAGAUUAGGAUUCCAUUUGCCAUUUUUAAUUUUUAAACAACUAAAUAGUAUGUAUUUUGGUAUGGGGGAGUUUUGUUCAAUUGGGGGGGGUGGGUGUACUGUUUCUGACACAUUCAGGUAGGGUAAGGUUUCACAAUAUCAAAUCCAAGUUAUUUGAGCUACGUAAGUGCUCAUGGCUUAUGGUACUCUAAAUUCAUUGUCAGGGUAUGAAAGUUGUCCACUUUAUUAGGGAAAAAUGAAUAUUGGAUGCUUGGUGCCCCUAUUUUUUUAUUUUUUUUUACCACUUUGUGAAUAUCAGUUUGCCUCUUUCCAAAUACAUGGAGAACAGCACGCACGCACACACACGUUGGAUAACUGUCAAGAACCAGCGGUAGAUUGUUCGAUUGGAUAAUUCAUCUAGUCAUAUCACUAUAUCCGAAGCACUGCAACUAUUUUAGCAUUGCAGAGUGCCUUUAUGCUACAGUAAGCUGUUCCUUGGUAGCUUUGUGCUUUCCUAAGUCAUCACGGAUUACCAGGCAACACAUGAUUUGGCCUCUUGUGUGUCGCACUGUAAUGACACCCAUCAAGUGUGUGUUCAACAGCAUUUUGGGUAGUGUUUUGAAUAAAGAAAUUGAUGUUUUUAAGACCCUUUUGGGUCUGUUAUUUCCCUACUCACAAAGCCAAUCCCUUUCUAUAUGUAUUGAGUGUAUUGGUACCGUGUGUUUAAAAAAAAUACUGUCAUUAGUUAUUGUAGCCUUAUUACCCCCCCCCCCCCCCCCCAGGAUACCUUUGCCUUACGUUCUCCACUCUGCUCAGGGCAUUGAAGGACUUUUACUACGUUAUCUGUCUAUUGUUCUUUCCUGCAAUGUUAUUGAAGACGCGCGUAAAAAAAAAAAAAAAAGAGGAAGAGAAAAGAAUUUCCCAGCAGCCGUUUGACAAAUGACCCUCGUCCAAACAGAGGGCCUUUGUGCGUGUCAUGUUUUUCACCAUAAGAGAUUGAGUAAGACCAUGUUAUACACCAUCACGCAUGCUUUUCAAAGUUGUAAUCAUCCCUAUGCACUGAAAACGUUGUUUAUUGCAUGGGUGACCUUGCUAGAUGCUGAAGUGUUGCAAAAUUGCUGUGCAGCAGCAUCAACAAUUGGUCUGUGUGUUUGAAUGACAUGAUGCAUCCCAAAUAGCUUUAUUCAUACUAGAAAAUAAACAUUUCUCUGCGGCCUGUUCAGGAGGGUGCAAUGUUAAAGAACGUUCAGAUAGAAAUGGAUCGUGUGGAAACGAUACAAUGGUAUUUUAGGUAGAGGAUUGGAAUUGUAUGCUCUGUUUUACAUGUCUAUCUGCAACAUUUGUCUUACAUUAUUGAAUACACCCUUUGUAUCCGUUGUCAUCCCACAAAGUGGGACAUUUUCAAAGGGCUUCCAAUAGAGGAGCACAACCAGAACCCCAUGAUGGUGCUAAACUCACUACGUCAAUCUGAUGGUGAAUGUUAGGGAAUUUUUUUUUUUUUAGAUUGUCUUCUCACGAAGUGAGACAUUUAACAGAAUUAAUCAAUCAAUAGCAAUCAAGCCAAACUGCUAAAUUGUGCUCUGUUGGAGAACAGAAAAGUUAACAAAUCUAGAUAUUUCAGGAGAAACUUAGCCUAACCCAUGAAACUCGGUACUAAUAAAUGUACACUAAACAAAACAAUGGACCUUCUCAAAAUGUUUGCAAUAACAGGCUUUUUUUUACUGCGGGAGUCUGUACUGAACUUAGUCUUUUUCGAGACUAUAUUGAACUGAUCUGUGUAAAUCUGCACCUCCAUGUUUCAAAGACCAUGUGCAAUGGCUCUGUAGUACUCCUCUGUAUUCCGGUUGGGUGAUUGUACAGUGCCUUGCGAAAGUAUUUGGCCCCCUUGAACUUUGCGACCUUUUGCCACAUUUCAGGCUUCAAACAUAAAGAAAUAAAAGUGUAAUUUUUUGUGAAGAAUCAACAAAAGUGGGACACAAUCAUGAAGUGGAACGACAUUUAUUGGAUAUUUCAAACUUUUUUAACAAAUCAAAAACUGAAAAAUUGGGAGUGCAAAAUUAUUCAGCCCCUUUACUUUCAGUGCAGCAAACUCUCUCCAGAAGUUCAGUGAGGAUCUCUGAAUGAUCCAAUGGUGACCUAAAUGACUAAUGAUGAUAAAUACAAUCCACCUGUGUGUAAUCAAGUCUCCGUAUAAAUGCACCUGCACUGUGAUAGUCUCUGAGGUCCGUUAAAAGCGCAGAGAGCAUCAUGAAGAACAAGGAACACACCAGGCAGGUCCGAGAUACUGUUGUGAAGAAGUUUGAAGCCGGAUUUGGAUACAAAAAGAUUUCCCAAGCUUUAAACAUCCCAAGGAGCACUGUGCAAGCGAUUAAUAUUGAAAUGGAAGGAGUAUCAGACCACUGCAAAUCUACCAAGACCUGGCCGUCCCUAUAAACUUUCAGCUCAUACAAGGAGAAGACUGAUCAGAGAUGCAGCCAAGAGGCCCAUGAUCACUCUGGAUGAACUGCAGAGAUCUACAGCUGAGGUGGGAGACUCUGUCCAUAGGACAACAAUCAGUCGUAUAUUGCACAAAUCUGGCCUUUAUGGAAGAGUGGCAAGAAGAAAGCCAUUUCUUAAAGAUACCAUAAAAAGUGUUUAAAGUUUGCCACAAGCCACCUGGGAGACACACCAAACAUGUGGAAGAAGGUGCUCUGGUCAGAUGAAACCAAAAUUGAACUUUUUGGCAUCAAUGCAAAAUGUUAUGUUUGGCGUAAAAGCAACACAGCUCAUAACCCUGAACACACCAUCCCCACUGUCAAACAUGGUGGUGGCAGCAUCAUGGUUUGGGCCUGCUUUUCUUCAGCAGGGACAGGGAAGAUGGUUAAAAUUGAUGGGAAGAUGGAGCCAAAUACAGGACCAUUCUGGAAGAACCUGAUGGAGUCUGCAAAAGACCUGAGACUGGGACGGAGAUUUGUCUUCCAACAAGACAAUGAUCCAAAACAUAAAGCAAAAUCUACAAUGGAAUGGUUCAAAAAUAAACAUAUCCAGGUGUUAGAAUGGCCAAGUCAAAGUCCAGACCUGAAUCCAAUCGAGAAUCUGUGGAAAGAACUGAAAACUGCUGUUCACAAAUGCUCUCCAUCCAACCUCACUGAGCUCGAGCUGUUUUGCAAGGAGGAAUGGGAAAAAAUUUCAGUCUCUCGAUGUGCAAAACUGAUAGAGACAUACCCCAAGCGACUUACAGCUGUAAUCGUAGCAAAAGGUGGCGCUACAAAGUAUUAACUUAAGGGGGCUGAAUAAUUUUGCACGCCCAAUUUUUCAGUUUUUGAUUUGUUAAGUUUGAAAUAUCCAAUAAAUGUCAUUCCACUUCAUGAUUGUGUCCCACUUGUUGUUGAUUCUUCACAAAAAAAUACAGUUUUUUAUCUUUAUGUUUGAAGCCUGAAAUGUGGCAAAAGGUCGCAAAGUUCAAGGGGGCCGAAUACUUUCGCAAGGCACUGUAUAUGUUACGUGACCAUUGCCUGUAUUACUUUCUAGGUGAAAUCAAGUUAUUUUUUAAACUUUUUUUCCCGCCAUUCUCGUAAACAUCUUUCUGUCAAGAAUUAUUUAUCUCACGUUAUCCUCAUGAUUAUAACACAGAAUUAAAGUACUUUUUUUAUUUUCAGAUUUUCAGAUUUAUAUUCAAUAAAGAGUAUGUAAGAUGUUGACUGUAAUGUAAGUGAAGUACGAAGCAAAUUAAAUUUAUACAUUUAAGUAUGAAUUUCUUUCUCAAUUGGUAAACUAAAUUGCAUUAAUAUUUUACAAAUGCAUAAACCUGUUGGAUAUUAUGUCAGAUCUCUGAUAUAUGCCUAUUUCAGAUUUUUUUUUACAGCGAAAUUAUGUUGAUUUUAAACCUCCUAUACAUUAACACGUUUGUAAUUGUAACGCUAUUACAGAUGUCCAUAUUUGAUAUGUGUAUUUAUUUUAGAAGUUGCCAGCGGACAUCUUACUGAAGUCCUGCCUUUCUCUGGUUUUUCCCACGUUGCUUUGCGGUGUACAUAAAAGGCGUGCGCAAAUUACCACCACGAGGUCUGUUCAUUUUCAUUUGAUUAAUAGUACAGAGAAAAUAUAGCAAAUCGUGUGACAUCGAUGCAAAAAAUAAUAAUCUUGAAGAAUGUUUUGAUAAAAAAAUGACUUCGUCAUUUGUUGGCGAGAUGAUGACUGGGUAUUUGAUGCAGAUCUGGCAGUGACUGGGUAUUUGAUGCAGAUCUGGCAUGUCUUCCGAUGCAAUGUUGCAGGAUGGAUGACACACUGAUACAGAACACAUGAAUACUGUGGGUGGUGGAAAGGAUGUGACCUGGACCAGGAGGUCAGUUCAGUACUUUUCCCUGGUACAACAUGGAGGCCUGCAUAGGUCAUAGCAACUGUGGAGAGGCUCUUGAUUUCUUCAGUGCUAUGCAACAACUCACUCUGUGGGUAUUGGCUGACAGCCAUGGUAUAUCAGAAGGCUUCAGCAAGAAGAGUGCUGUGGAAGGUCUUGUUUUUCAUGGCGAAAUUGACUAUAAAGAUGGCACCAUUUACUAUUUCAAUUCCAAUAAAUGUUUUUGGGAAAAACCCUGCAAAGUA